AUGGAAGGCGACAUUGGGGAGGUGACUAUGGAAGGCGACAUUGGGGAGGUGACUACGGAAGGAGACACUGGGGAGGUGACUACGGAAGGAGACACUGGGGAGGUGACUAAGGAAGGCGACACUGGGGAGGUGACUAUGAAAGGAGACACUGGGGAGGUGACUACGGAAGGAGACACUGGGGAGGUGACUAAGGAAGGCGACACUGGGGAGGUGACUAUGAAAGGAGACACUGGGGAGGUGACUACGGAAGGAGACACUGGGGAGGUGACUAAGGAAGGCGACACUGGGGAGGUGACUAUGAAAGGAGACACUGGGGAGGUGACUAAGGAAGGCGACACUGGGGAGGUGACUAUGGAAGGCGACAUUGGGGAGGUGACUACGGAAGGAGACACUGGGGAGUUGACUAUGAAAGGAGACACUGGGGAGGUGACUACGAAAGGAGACACUGGGGAGGUGACUACGGAAGGAGACACUGGGGAGGUGACUACGGAAGGCAACACUGGGGAGGUGACUACGGAAGGAGACACUGGGGAGGUGACUACGGAAGGCAACACUGGGGAGGUGACUACGAAAGGAGACACUGGGGAGGUGACUACGAAAGGAGACACUGGGGAGGUGACUACGGAAGGCAACACUGGGGAGGUGACUACGAAAGGAGACACUGGGGAGGUGACUACGGAAGGAGACACUGGGGAGGUGACUACGGAAGGAGACACUGGGGAGGUGACUACGGAAGGAGACACUGGGGAGGUGACUACGGAAGGAGACACUGGGGAGGUGACUACGGAAGGCAACACUGGGGAGGUGACUACGGAAGGAGACACUGGGGAGGUGACUACGGAAGGGGACACUGGGGAGGUGACUACGGAAGGAGACACUGGGGAGGUGAUUACAGGAAACAAGCGUGAGAGGACUACAGAGGGUGACAAAUGA